UUGAAAAUGGACAAGUAAAAAGUCAAGGAAACCAUCAGAUUACCAAUCACCAGCUCCAUAUCUCUUCGAAUCCGGUACAGCGCCCACAUCUCCGGGAUAAUGACACAUAUAAAUAAAUAACAGUUAAGGACACAAAUUGGAUUCCAGGAUAUUCAUACGGACAUAGAGAACGCAGGGAUUCCCCUGAUGUGUGAUUACUUGAGAUUCAUUAAUAGGGCAGUGCUACCAUCCUUGAGCCCUUCAACGUCUACAUCAAUGAAUAUUUUUAAAUUACCUACACAUCUUGAAUGCACGUGUUUACUCUACAUAUCACGGUCACACACGUGCGCGCCUGAUCAGUAGAAUGAAAUUGCCAAAGGCGACAGUGGCGCCAGCCUUGUGGAACUAAUCCGCCAUAAAGUCCGAGCACCCCGUGGAUGUGUGGUGAACCUGAGGAAGUGCAACGUCGAUUUUUGUUACUCGAUGUUCCUCGGGUCCAGUAACAUUGACCCAGGGGUGGCCAAUCAACAGGAUCAACAGAUGGCGAGAAUAACUUCGAGCCAUCGUCAACCUUCAAAGACCAAAAAAACAAAACAAUAGAGUUUAAUUUAUGUCGAGUGGAAGGAACGGUAAUAGCAGUCGGAAUGAGUGUCAACAGUUCUGGUGUGGCCGAUUUUUUUCACAUGCUUGAGUCAAAUAAACUCAGCGAUGUGGAGGAGAUCAAAAAAGUUUUUCACGAUCAUUUCUUAUCCACAAAAGACAGCUGGUUGGUCAAUGGGCUCUUCGAUUACUACUUAUCAACGGAUUCUCUCCGUACGAUUGAAGUAUUGGCAGGGGUGCGAGAACCACAUGAUAAAUAUCUCCUGGAUCGUCUCUCGGAGACCCUGGCCAGGCCCAGCAGCAGUGGCCAACGUGUCAAGGUACUCACCGUCCUUGGACACGUUGCCAGGAGACAGCCUACCCUCUACAAAUUGGCCAAUCAUCCACUCUUCAGGGAACUGCUCAAACUGCUUAAAGUUGACUCUGAGGCACUGUCACUCAUGAGUGGACUUUUGCUGCUAGUGACAUUGCUACCAAUGUUACCAGCUGCGCUUGGACCUUAUCUGCAUGAAAUAUUCGAGGUCUUCGGACGUCUGGCCUCCUACUAUCACUUUCAGUCUUCAAAUCUCGCUUCUACUAUUGGCAGUGGGAGCACCAGUAUGGAUAAGGACCAACUGUAUUUACUACAUCUGCAGGUUGGAUUGUACAGUUUAUUCCACCGCUUAUACGCAAUGUACCCCUGCAAUUUCGUAGCCUAUUUGAAACAACAGUACUCCCAGAGGGAUCACGAUGUAUUUAAACUGACGAUCAAGCCAAUGUUGGAGUCUGUGCGAUUGCAUCCCCUGCUCAUCACCGCAUCCAAGGAUGCGGAAACAAAUGCAGCAAGAUGGAAAAAAAUGGAACAUCACGAUGUAGUGGCUGAGUGCGGUCGUUUUGCUUUGGACAGAAGCAGAGAGGAGGUAUUGGCCCCUAUUAAUCUUCGUGCCACACCAAUACCUGAUCACCUGUGCCCAUACACUCCAGUCAGUGUUGCUGAGGGAUUAUCAGGGACAGGAGCCACCAAUGGAGAAGAGGACUCUUUCUGGUCUCCCAGCAUGGCCAUUCCACCUCAAAGUCCACCACCACUGUCAGCUCCUAGUCUCGAGGCUCGAUCCACACCGUCGACUCCAAAUAACAACAGGAGCAGUUCGUCACCACCUGAGGCAGCCGUCGAAGCUACACCUGAAACCACACCUGUCAAGGAUAUUCGACAAGUCUCCUCACGACAGCCACCUCUGGGCUCUGCUGCUGUUAGAGCCUUGGGGGCCUUUGGAAAUGGUUCGUUGAGUGGUAAUUCAAGACCUUCAACCCCUACUUUUGUGAAUUCUCAUGCCUCGGCGUUUUCUGGAAUUGGUAGCAGUGGUGACGGGGGAAUUCUCUCGCAGAAAAUUAAUAGACUUGUUGCUGAUCGUCAGAAUGUACUGCAGACACAGAGGUCUUUCAAUUUUGAAGGGCUUGGGAGAGGUCCGGAGAACAGUCCUGGAAGAAAUGGAAAGAAUGAUAGCUGGAAAGAGGAUCAAGAGGUAGAAAUCGUAAAUUCUCAGGCAAGCAGGUCUUUGACAUUCCUCGAUCGUCAACCGUACAGUGAUGAAAAAAUUCGUGGUCCAAGGGUGGAUCUAUCAAAGAAAGUACGAAGACUGAGAUUUCCCUCUCAAUGUCAGCCUCAACAGUCAGGGCCAACCCCCCAGCCAGACGUUUGCAAAGUGCGAAGAUCCAAAUCUUGUCCAGAUAUGGAUUCUCAAAAAAAGUUGAGCACGGCAAUGGAGAACUUUAGAAGCAUUCUUGGCGCGAAAAGUAAUGAAGAAGUUGGAACACAAACCUCGGAUCUUAUUCCUUACGAACACCUACUCUUUGGCCUUCUCGAGAUGAGGCAUCAAGAGCUGCAGGUAUCGAGACAGAGUACUGAAUCGAGAUUAUCUCCGAGCUCGAUGCUUGAUCGUUACAUAGAGGCUUGUUCGCGGAUUAGUUCUUCCAGUGGAGACAGAAAAAGAAUCAGGAAGAGGGAGGACGAUGGGGAGGAUUGCGGGGAGGAGGCUGGAAAUGAUAAUCCACAGCUGCAAAUGAUGCAGAUGCAACUGUUAUUCGAAAGGCAGAGGAGGGAAGUUCAUGCGGAGAGGAACAGGCGGUUGCUGGGAAAAUUGAGGGACUCCAGGGCACUAGAAGAGCAGAAUGCUGCAUUGACUGACCGACUCCGUAUGGCGGAGAGUGAGAUUGAAGGGCUGAAGAACGAAAUCGAUCGCAGUAAAAAGGAUAACAGGAAUGCUGAGGAAAGAUAUGCUGAUGCUUUGCACCAUUGGCAAUCAAAGUGUGUCGAGGAGCAAAACCAGAAUCACGUCCUCAGGGAAAAAGUCGAGGCUUUGGAAUUGGAACUGAAGAACGAAAAGAAGAGAGUGACUGAGUGUGAACAACAGGCCAAAUCGUCUGAGGCUCUGUUAUUCGAUGCUGCACAUCAACUGAAAUGUGCGCUCAAAGCUGCCAAUCGUGGCGAAGAACUGAAGCGAAAUUUGGAUCUCAUCGACAAGCGAUUUUUGUUAUUAGGAGAGGCCCAAGCGAAACUGCAAGAGCGCUGUUCAGGGCCAGUACCAAUGUCUAGACAGGAAGCUGCACAGAUUCAGAGAUCCUACUCUGAGGAAUUAUCAAAUUUAAAACGCCAGUUGGAUUCUCGAACAUCUUUGGUGGAAGCCCAGAGAAUGCGCCUAGUGGAGUUGGAAGCUCGCGAGGUCCGAACUGAAGCACAAGUGAUAGAUCAACAGCGUCUACUGCAAGAAGCAAAAGAGAGAAACGAAGCUGAAUUGAGGGCAGUGGAGUCCAAAUACAAGUCUCAGGUGGAGAUAAAUCUUCUCCUGGAGAGUCGUAUAUUGGAAUUGCAUGGAAAUCUCGAGGCACUGACGAUGGGCCCUGGCUCAGCAGCUGUGAAUUUAGCCUCAUCAGCAUCUCCAAAGGAACGAUCGCCCCCUUUAUCAGGCAGUCUGGCCUCUUCGAGCGAAGGGAGUCUGGCAUUUCACACUGGCACUGGAAUAAUCAGUGAUUGUUGUGAUUCUGCUGGAGAAAUAGCCAAUCUCCAGGCCAUCGUUGAACCCACCCCUUCAUCAUCGAGUCAAGUCACAACGCCAUCACGUUCCAGUCAUAGACACGUACCAAAACGAGACUAAAAUGAUUAAUAAUAGUGCAAGAAAGAAAAUAAUACAUUGACGUUACGAUGAAAAUAUGUUGAACUAAAGAAGAAUGAAUAAAUGAAUAAAUUUUUGAAAUUUUAAAAA